AUGCAUGCGCUGCCGCAUACUGUCGAAGAGCUGACUGCCGCGCAGCUGCGUAAAGUUUUUAAUUUUAUCGCUACUGCUCCCGCACGUGCUAUCCCGCAAGCACCCGCCGACUCAUCGCUUCUCACCACCACCCAACAGCAGCAGGCCGCCACUGUAGUUUAUCAUUUGCGCCAACUUGACGACGCGCUCCAGUGCGCAACUUCAAUUUUUCUUAACGUCCAAACCUUUUUGUUUUGCAGCGUUAAGGUAGAGGUUAAGUACGUUAAGUUCAUGGCCUAUAUUCAUGCGCUACAGCACGCUUCUACCGGCAUUAUUACCCAUCGCGAUUUGAUUAGCGACGCGCUCCUACCUAACCUUUUUGCACGCUCUCAACCUUUCCUUGAUGCGCUAAGUACCCUCGGCAUCAGCGAAACCCUCAUCACGGAGAAGUCUAUGGCUGCAUCUGCUGUCGUAGCGCACGCGACGCGCCUGAUACGUAUUUUGGAGUAUCAUCAGCUCAGUCACGUAAUGACGCGCCAGAAGGAGAAGUUUGCAGCAGUUGAUGAGGAGUACAGGAGGCUCGCUAUACCACCGGAGCCGGAACAGUUGCCUGUCGAGCCACGAACGUAUGUUCAGGCACUACGCUGGUGGCAGCAACACCACGACGACAUCCUGCAUAGAACACUUACAGACGAGUAUCUGGAGCUCAAUCAACGUGACGAGCCAGCCACGCAGGAACACCGGCAACCAGCCGAGGAACAACUUCAGCCAGACGUGCAACAGCAAGAAACAUCGAUAUGGGAGCAGCCAGCUGAGCAAGAAGAACGACACCAGCCGGGAGAUCAACAGCAGCAAGUGGUGACUACAAUUAUGGCCGCGCAUAAGAUCAGCGCGUUAUCGACUGACGUCCAGCCAGAAGAACUUCAA